ACUACGCACCCCAGCCCCGGGAGAAAAACUCCGCGGCUCGAAGUUCAAAAAGUGCUCAGGACGUGAGCUCCAUAUUUAUAGAUGUUUAUAGAUAUUGAUUGAUAUUUAUUAGACGAUAAGCUCCAGCCCUGGGAGAUAAACACCGCGGCUAUCUCAGGUUGCAGGCAACGUGCCCGGGGCAACAACUGUGGCAGCAGCAACAACAACAACUGUGGCAGCAACAACAACUGUAGCAGCAACAACAACAACUGUGGCAGCAACAACAACAACAACUGUGGCAGCAACAACAACAACUAGCAGCAACAACAACUGUGGCAGCAACAACAAUAACAACUGUGGCAGCAGCAACAACAACUGUGGCAGCAGCAACAACAACUACUGUGGCAGCAACAACUGUGGCAGCAACAACAACAACAGCAGCAACAACAACAGCAGCAACAACAACAACAGCAGCAGCAGCAUUGACAUCGGCUAUACAAGCACCACCAGCCGGAUCAUCGGGUUCAUGGAGCCAGAUCGGGACACGUUGCCUCUGAAGUUGCGCUUUUGUUCCUGCAGUCCGGCCCGUACGUGGUGCUGGCCGAGGUGCGACCCGUGACGAGGUGGACGACGAGGUGGAGCUGUCUCCCACGUCCAUACAAGCAGGAGGUGCUGUCGCUGCUGAGCGACGUGGUGGAGCAACGCGUCAACUCCUACUUGCAACUGAGGAGACAGCGCAAGCCCAUGCAGUCCAAGCAGAUGAAGGAGCUGGCGCACAGCAAGCCGGUGACCAAUGCAGGGAAGUACGUGGAGGUGGAGACGUACUUCAGAAAGAGGCACGUUGGUCUGCGCUGUCUGAGCGGGCGGUUCUCUGAGCGCUCGUAUGUGAAGAUGCCCAUAUUCCCAGAACAGCUUAUCGUGUGCGUGAAUGCUGUUUGCGAAGCACCACCACCACCCCCACCACCGCUACCCCCACAUCCUCCAGCUGCUCCAACUCCAGUGGCCCCACUGCUCCGUCCAGAAGGUGGGGAUGCGAGGUGUGGGGACCGUGCCCUCUCCGAGUACUUUAACUGUCCGGCAGUGCGUCAAGCUGACGCCAAGGCGCUGCUCACCGCCUCUGCUCAGCGCCGGCAGGCCAAACUCAAGCACAUAGUCAAGAAGAUCGGGCACAGGAAGGGAAAAGAUCGAAAACCACCAUCUCAUCACACCGGGACCGCCACGAGAGCAGAACCGGCGCAGUAUACCUCCUCGGACAGCCCUCGGAUAUCCCUCACGAGGGCACGGAGGCUCGAGGAGAUGAAGGAAAACGACGCGAGCUCUGGCCGGCAGUGGGAGGGGAGCGUGAGGACAGAGGCUCGCGUGGGCGGAGGCGGUGACGCGCCACGCGCAGUCGAGGUGGAGGAGAGAGCCAUGGGGGUCACUCUCCGUGGCCGCGAGGCCUCCGUUUGCCAAGCGGAGGCGCCGGCCACCGCUGCUGCUGCUGCUGCUCCUCCACCGAGGACUUCCAGGGGCCGCACAAAGCUGUCGCGGAAACGGCAGCAGCCGCCCACGCUGGAAGUGGAUGCAGCAAAAAGUCGUACUGCCGAGUAAUCAGCGUGAAAAGAAUCGUUGAUUAAAAUCAAUUCUUAGGCUUCAUGUGCAGCCGUGCUUGUUGGAAUCGAUUAUUUACAAUGUAUGGAAAUGCCAUGCAAAUUUUACCUGUGGUGGCAGCGAUUUUAGCGUUAUAGAAUUGUAAAUGAUUGAUGUGACACAAAAAUUACACUUUUUUAAUAUAAAAUGUUCUAGUUCGGUGUGUGUGUGAAUGUGUGAGCUGUAUAUCUUUUUUUACCGAGUAAAAUUACAACUCUCUUGCAAAUGGAACUUCUGCCAUCUUCCAGAAUAAAAUAAAGCAUUGGUUGUAACUGACAGGAUCAUGAAGGACUGGAUAAAGAAUUGUUGCUGAGCAUUUUCUCACAAUGUUGGUUUAAGCUCCAGGAUAUCAAGUUUUGUAAAAUAACAUUAAAGUAAUUCUCUUUGGUUCCUUCGGUAAAGUCACGUCGGUAGAAAUAAAAUAAAUCGCGACGUUUCGGGCGCUUGUGUUGCGUUCGAAACGUGAUUUAUCUGAUUUAUUUCUACCUACGUGACUUUACUGAAAUAACCAAAGAGUAUGGAUUCCUGCAGUCACGAAAGCUUCAAAUCAACAUUAAAAUCACUUAUUAAAUACCAAUCAUUAUUUAAGAAGCAGAAAUGGUAAACUAAAAGUAGAAGUUAGAAUAAAUCAGCUGCAAAGUGUGCAACAGUUGUCGGGAUCUGGCAGGAUGGGAGCGAUCAAAAGGUGUGGUAGUAACAGCAUUUGCUGUGACGACCUCCCAGCUCUGAUAAAUUAGUUUAAUAGUAAACUCCUUGACGUUUUAUACGUGUUUCGUCUGAUGUGCACACUCGUUUUCUAUAUUUCCUGAGAAGCCUCGUUCCUUGAUUGUACCAUCAUAAAGUAUUUGUGUUAUUAAAAGGAAAAUAUUUUUAAGUGAAAUUUUCAAAGCUCUGCUUUGUUGUCAACGUCGGUUCCUCCACAUUGCGGACUGCCUGUUUUUCCUACGGUAGCUGUC